AUGCCUGGGUUUAGACUGGUUGGCUUUGCGCAAAUUCCUGCUAAAUACCUUUGUAAGUCAUGUGGUCUGUUAUUGCGAGAAGCAUUACAAACCUGUUGCGGUCACCAUUAUUGCAAAACCUGCCUAUUGGAGAUUUUUACUCAUGAACCGUGAGUAGAUCGCAAUUUCAAUUUUUCUUUAAUUUGCAAUAGACUUAACAAAUCUGGGGACGUCUUAUGAUGUGAUUUGCCGAAGAAGAUGCUUUAAACAUCUCCUAAUUAUAAUGCAUGUCAUAUGUGUUCAUUGACCACCUCAUGGGUGCACAAUUUAAAUAUUAAGCCUUCACCACUAUACAUUACAGUAAAUGAGGGAAUCAUGACGAAACUACAAAUGGUUACUGCAGCAAUUAGAUAUACAUCUUUAACAGCAUGUAUUGGUUCCAUGCAUUGCUGAAACAACACCUGCUAGCAGUUGAAUCCAUGAUUCCCUGUUGACAGUGAUCACACUUAAUUUUCUAAGUACAUGCAAUGUGAUAAAUUUGGUUAAUUAAUGAAUUCUUUAAUGUUUAUACUCUUCAGGUCUUCAGGGUCUGUGAAGUGUUUAGAUGAGAGUUGCAACAGACCAUUGGGGAAAAACUCGGUAAGUAUGUCUAUUUAUUAAAUUUGGAGUGUUGGAAUGUAAUAUGUUUAUUUUUUUGGUAAAUUUUCAUGUUCUAUUUAAUUUUUAUUUAGAAAGUUUGCAUCAGGAGUGAUAAGUUGGGUGAAUGACUGUAGCAAGUAGCAUAUGUGCACAUUAUACAAUGCUGGGUAAUUUACACAUUUUCUCAUCAAACGUGACCAGAUCUCGUUUACUAUGUAAUGAGAAUACUGUACAAAAAUUUUAAGAUACAAUUGUACAUUUAGCUGUGUUGGUGCAGCUACAUUGUUUUUAAACCUUUUCACUUUCAGAGCUGGUUAAGAAUUAAUUUCCCCUUUCAAUAUAUCAAUACACUGCAUGGCAAGCAGAUCAAAGAUAGUAAUCAGAGUAUAAAGAGAGAGAUAUAAAUUAAUGGAUAUUAUUUUAUUUAACAUUAUUGAUUAUUACCUUACAUUAUUGAUUAUAGAAAGUAAAGAGAAAAAUUACCAUUGAGAUCUCAGAAGUGAUUGUGGGUUUGGAAUAAAAGAUUGUCUUGUUGUGCAGUUACAGAUCCUUAGUUAUUGAAUGAGCAUCUAUUAUUGGUAAUGUUGAUAAAUGUUGGCAAACUUCAAUGACUUUCUUGUUGCACUCUUUUCAAUUGACAGUACUUUGAUGACAACAGUUUUGGAAGAGAGAUACUGAACAUUGUAACUCUGUGUUUGUACAAAGAUGCUGGGUGUCAAUGGAUGGAUGCUGUCAAAAAUGCAGAAGUGAGUACAAAGAUAACUUUAAUACUAGAUAAAUUAAUUAAUAAAAUGUCUUCAAAAAGUUGAUCAAAAGACUGUUUAAAAUGUUUCUUCUUUAUUGGUUUGUCAAAUAACUCUGAAACAUGAAUUUGAUGUACCUCAUUUCCCCUUUCAAAACAAUUAAGAUGGAUGUUUUGGAAAUCUGGAGAUGUAAAAUCUUAAACCUCCAACAAUAUUAAAAAAAAAUAAACCUUAAAUUAACUGAAAACCUGUAAAGUCACUAUUUGCAAUCUGUUCUUUGAAUUGAUUAGGGGUGUUUUGAUUAAAUAAAAUAUGGUAUGCCAUGGAUAAAAGGUUUUUAUUUUGAAGUAUGGUCAUUUGAAUGCCAAGAUAAAAGUUAAAAUGAUAGAUAACCCUAUAGUUGCUCUGUUUAUUUAUAACCUUGGAAUUAAUAUAAAACUAUAGACUGAGAGACUUAUUUUGCUUAAUAUUUGGUAAUCAUUUAAAUUGCACAUUGUGAAGUCCUAUUGGCAUGCAUUGAUUGUUUCCUAAUAUUAUAGGAAAUUAAGAUAUGUUUGAUUUCUGUAUACAUUAAUAUGGUGAGUGAGUUUCAGCAUUUUUCAGGCUGCUUAACAAUUUAACAGCCAUGGCAAGUAUAAAAAAAGAUUUUGGCUCUUAAAUGUCCAGUGUAGCAUGCUGUAAUUGGCAGUCAUGUAGCAAGAUCAUGUAAUAUAUUGAUUAUUGUUGUGUUUAUAUGGUUUGAAGUAAAAGUGAAAUAAACAUUUGGAAUGGAUAAAAUGUUGAUUAAUAUAAUUAUUACUCAUAGGGGGUGUUAACAUAAGCACAAAUUGUUCUCUUCCUUUUUCUUGGUUUCUGAAUCAAUAUUUUAGGUGAUCAUUUCCUGAUAUUAUGUCACCAAUGUUAAUUAAAAACAGUUAAGCCUACAUAGGAGUCCUGAACAUUGUUAAAGUUAGACUUAGCUUUUAACUACUAUAUACACAUGUAUGUCUGUGAUAAAUUUACAUAGCAUUGUGUAAGAAGUAUACAUUGUAAAAUGUUUUCAACAUAACUAAAAUAAUGAUAAGUACUUUUGAUUCUCAUAUUAUUUUCAUUGGUUUGUAGGAUCAUUACCGAGAGUGCAAUUUUAAGCCAACUAUGUGCACCAAUGCUGGCUGUAAUCAAAACAUACCACUGUGUGCAUUAGCCCAACACCAGGAGAAGGAAUGUCCCUUUAGAAAUGUGGUGUGCCACUCAUGCAAUUCAGCAAUCAAAUGGACUGAGCACGCAGUAAGUUGCCAACAGUACAUUCUGGAAGCUUGAAUGUACAUGUAAUUAAGACUUUAAAAGUAUUAGCUUAUUCUUAAGAGAUACUUGCAGGUUUGAAUCCUUCUUUGAUACCUUUAUUGGCUUAAAGAGCAGUGAGGCUUGCAGAUUAUUGAACAGAUAAGUUUUUCCAGGAAAAGGAUCCUCAGAAAGUUUGGUUGAUCAAUUUAGCAGAGGACUAUGAGAAACUUAUUCAUCAGAAUUAACUCAUAUGUUAUCUAAUUACUUACAUAUAACUUAAACUGAUAUCCAUAGCAUACUAUUUUAGGCUACAAAAAUGUCUAGCUGUCUCUAAAUAAGUGCAUGUUCCUAAUUCAUUAAUGAAAUUGACAAAUUACUUUGACCUGGAAACCCAGUGGAAUGGCCAUAAUUGCCAAAUUCCCAUUACCAAAUUAAUUUGUUCCCAAACUUUAUUAAAAUUGCAGAGUCAUGUCUGUGAAUACACGCAUGUCACCUGCCCAAAUUGUGGGAAAGAAAACAUUGAGCUCCGUGAGGUAUGGUGCAUGUACAAAAAUUAAUGUAAGACACAAUCAAUUCACAUUGCAGGAAAAAAAUAUCCUUUGUUUUCUUUGUUAUUUUUCUUUUCAUUUGUUAACAUUAGAUCAUUCCACUACAUGUCUAUCAGUACUCUAUCACCAAUGGUUAACUUCAAAAAAAAAAAAAAGGGGAUCAGGUACUCCUUUUUUCUAUUAUCUCUUUAAAUUGUCUGCAGUGCAAGCAAAACCAGGGUGAAUGCAAUGGAUGGUAGAGGGGGAAACAGUUAGUAAAAACUUCUAUAUUUCCUUAAUUCCCUCCCCCUCCAUGGUAGCCUAUUCAUGCUUGCUUUGUUUCCUUGCUUAACUGCUGUAUAUACACAAAGAAAACAAACAAACUAAUGGCUUUUCAUCAACAUUUAAUCCUUUAACCCCUAAUUUUAUUUAAUCUUUGAAAAAAUUAAGAAAGGAGUGAGAAGGCAAAGUUUUGAUAUUGGAUGACUGUUAUGCUGCCCUGGUGUAGCCCGCCAUCAUAAAGUGUUGUUGCUCAGAGCUUUAAUUAAUUAUUACCUCUUUGCUCAUUACAGUUGAAUAAGCAUUUAGAUGCAAAGGAUGGAGAUUGUACACAGAUGGAGUGUCCAUACAGAGAGUACGGAUGUGACCAUCCUGUAAGUUUAAUUGUUAGUGUAAUUUGUAAGUUAAACAAGAAUCAAGUUUAUCUCGGGGCAUGAUGGGUUUGAAUAUUGCAAAAAGUAAUAAAGCCAUAACAGCCAAUGAGUACUUGUACCUGCAAGUAAAAUAUCAAAGGAACUAAUGAGAACUCAAAGUGAUUAAAUGUAAAAUGUCAGAAAUAGUUAGUGCUCCUAUAGCAACCAUUCUUUGGGAUGUCAAAAAAAAAACUCAACAACUGAUUUGUAGAGUUAAGCGAGGGAAAGUUCCCUUGACUAAUCUCUUACUGUAGUGAUGUUCAAUUGUUUCAAUUGAUGGGUUAAUUUUUUUUUACUCCCAUACAAAUUCUUGAAAUUUUUGACUGUGCUUUGUCCUGGAAAAUGAAAUCUUUAACUAUCAACGCAAGAUUAAAUUUCAAAGAAAUUUUCUCUUUCUUCAAUUCUCUCCUUUUUUUUUCCGAUGGCGAAAGUAACACCGGAUUGGACCAGUGUUGCCUUAAGGUUACCCUCUUCACCAAUCAAAUAAAAAUUUGAAACUUAUUACGACUUGGUUAUCGCUCUUUAAAUCACUCUGGUUUUUUAUUUUUUGAGUUCUCAACUUUUGUUGUGAUUGACUGUUGUGGUUUGGUCUUACAAGUUAGAUUGGCUAUACAUACGAAAUGAAAAGGUACUCUUUAUUAUUUUCAAAGACUACUCUUUCGUAAAGAAUUUAUCUUUUAAAAGCCGCAUUUUUCUUGGUUUGUGCAUCUGGAAGAAACAAAAAGCUAGCUAACAAAAGUUGCCAACAACAUUAGGAAAGCUUGGUGAAAGGGAAUUUCCCUUUACAAUCUCUUUUACAAGAGGAUUUCUUCACAUAAAUUAGACUUAAAAAAAACUUUUUCUUGGUAAAAUUUUCAUUAAAAGUUCUCCGAGUUCAAAAUUGGCAUGUCAACUUUUGGACAAGAGAACUGGUUGAGGGAAAACUUGUCAUUUGCACCGCCGUAAAAAGAUGGCACUUAAAAUUCGGCUUAACAAAUGUUAUAAUAAUGUUCGGAUAUAACAAGCGCUAUCAUUUGUUGAAAGAUCCAUUUCUAGGUUUACUACGUACAUAAGAAAAGCUUUUCCUAUGUACGUAGUAAACCUUGAAGUGGAUAACUCACCAAAAUGGGUUCUUUUCAACAUAGUAAGCGGUCAGAUAGCAAGCGAUGCGCUGUGAAGUAAGGUGGGGUAUUUUAAUUGAGAAUUUGAAUGUAUUUUUUAUUCCUUAGAGCGGUCGUAAAUAUUCCCAUACAAAUUCUCAUAAUUUUGCAUGACUCUUAUUUCGCAAGAUGAUCAUCUCACAGCUGGAGCUUGGGCCAUCUGUGGUCCAUCGCUGCUAGCUCAUCAUGACGAUCACCGGUCAUCGCAGUGAAGCAAGCCUCAGAAAAUACAUCGGCCGCCCUUCGAGUGAAAAAAUAAGAGCUUCCUCUGAUAUCCUUUCUGAUGCGUUGAGUGGAAGGCCGCAUCAGUCACUGCAGCCGAGUUUUACGGCGCUGUCAUCACAAGCGAUCUUCAUGUUCUGGUGAAUUCGGCUUUCGUUCAUUCAUAAAACAGUCGCCUUCCGCAGUUUGUGUUCCUCUUGUCAUGUGGAAAAAAUGCGUGUUUUUACGAGCACAAUUCGGCUGAAGAUCACUGAACAUUUCACUUUCAGAUUCUGUAUUAGAGACUAAAAAAACUUUAGGCAAAAGUAUUAAAUUCGACCUGCCGAACUAAGUUUGUAGACUAUCGCAGAAGGUGAACUUUGAUGGUGUUGACAUUUUUGACAGCUUUAGUCUUGUACAGCCUAUCAGAUUAUUUGAACCGUUCCAACAGGGAUUCUGAUUGGCUUAUUGUAGCGUGCUUAUGAGAGUAUAUUGCGAGCUGACGACACUGUUGUCCGCUUUGGAAAUAAAGUUCGUUUUGAAAAUUGAAAGUAAUGCUUGGGGAAUUUAACGGAUUCUUUAUUAUAAAACAAACGGAGAAGCCUUGACCGUGCCUUGUUUUGUUGUAAAGCGCUUACGAAGCAGCUAGAGUCUCGCGUUUCUCCCUACACUACUUCUGUGCUCUAACCGCUUCCUGCGUGCUUUCUAACAGAAAAGAGCGCAGUCAAGGCUUCUCAAUUUGUUAAAUAGGGCAACUUGAAAAUAUUUAUGACUAGCUCUCUUCAUUUCUCCUUUAAUCAACUUAGGAGAGGAUGGAUUCCGUAGAGCUCAAGACUCAUCUAGACGCCUGUGUUGUAACGCAUCAGUUGAUUUUCUUGAGACAGCACAAAGGAUCAAGCACCAAUCAACAUCCAUGCGAUGUUGCCGCCACUGAGGCCGAGCUAGGGGCCUUGAAACGAAGUCUUGUCUCAGCUGAAACAUGUCUUUUAAGACACGAUUGGGCACUCAGUGACCACUACCAACUGAUUAUGCACUUGAGAAAAGAUGUGGAGGAAUUGAAAGAUCUCAGGUUAAAGAAAGAUGGUCAGUGAUUCUUUGGGUUAGAUGUUGUCAGUUUUCUUGUUCUUGACUUCACAGUUACAUAACUUAACAUCUAAUUUAAGGUACAAUUAGGUAAAGGAACAUACUGAAUACAUGUAAAAGUAGUUUAAGUUUUUAUUUUGGUUGUUAGUUCCACACUUUUGGUUAGUAUUUAGACGUAUAUAUUUUUUUAUUGUGAUGCAGAGAAUCAUUGUUACAUGAAGUAAAGCUUGGGUGACUUGAGUAAAAUGGAUAGAAUUAGCAAGCGGUGCAAUAGUAGCACAGGAGUAUAAAAGGGAAGGGAACUUGGGUCGACUGAGGAACCAGACCCAAACCUCUCUCGGUUUUCCACUAUUCCCUAACUAUAGCGCUGUUUGCUAUUGCGCUCCGUUCUACUAAAUAAUGCUUGGCACAGGCUAAGAAAAUAGUUUAAAGUGUUUAUAGCUUUUUAGAGGGCCAGUUCUUAAUAGAUUUGCACAUAAUCUCGUACAGUCACGUGAGGAUAUUUGUAGUACAUUUAUUUUAAACAUAUUUUAUUUUCCGUAUGUUUGUGUUUGUGGAAACAUGCGGUCAGGCGAAU